AUGACAUCUUAAACAGAUACAUCUAACCAAUGUCAUUGCUUUACAUGAACUUCGGUCACAGAUACUUUGACACGCUAUGGGAAGUGUUGUGCAGAAUGAAUAUACUAUACAUAUAAAUAUAUAUACAUAUAUAUUAUGAUGAUUAUCAUUAUUUAUUGUGCAUUCAUUUUGCUUCGCAUUAUUUUAUUGCACUACAAUAAUUAGCACAUAUGGUUUUCAUUGCACUUGUAAAGCCACAUUCAAAAUUACAAAAAUGCUGUCUCCUGUCUUAUGUGCGUAGAGCAUAAUUCUUUGUUAUUCUCUCUGGCAUUUAUUUUUAUACCAUAUUUAAAGACACUUUUACUUACUUAUAUUAUUAAAGUUGCCCCUUUAUCUGUUAUGACUUGGGCUUGGAUUUUUUACUUUUUUCUGGACAUAGAAUUUCCACUAUCGGGUUAAAGAACCCAGCAACAGUGCAUGAACAAUGCACCUUUGCUUUCCACCACUAGAGGGGGCUAAAUUAUUUCCAACAGCAUCUGCCUUCUUUCAGCAACCAGUGCCUCCUCAGCACAGAUCAACAAAAUGCACCGUGGUACUUUGCAGACAAAUGAGGUUUUGUCAUGCAAAUAUGUCAUCACCUUCUAGCCUGCUGAAGGGGUUAUUGUUCAUGCUGUACCCAUCGGAGGUUUGGCAGGGUCUGUUGAUGUUUCAGCUCUUUGAUGGCAGAAUUGACAGUCAGUGUUUUCAAUGUCUGUGCCCAGUGGUCAGCUUAGCAAGAACCACAAAACAGAUAAACAUUAUUGUCUCAGUUGCAUCAAGGAAUGGGAACUGUGGCAUUUUUCAAAGCAAGCUGUUAGUGUCUGGGUACAGACCUACAAUGAUUUAUGGGUUGGGGAUUAUGGGUUGUAACGUGAUGUGGUUAGUACUGAUGACAGUACAGUAGAUGAUUUAGAGAUUUUGUAGGAGUUUGUUGUUUCUUUACAGUCUUGUCUUUUAUUGAACAUUGUGGCAAAAUGUCAUUCACUUCCUUAAAAUGAAAAAUGCAAAUGACAAACAGGAGAGGUGGGAAUGAAAUAUUAUGCUUAAAAAAAGACUAAGAAAAAGCUUUCUUUUUGAUAGGCUUGAUUUAUCAUAAAAGAGUGGGCAUUAUAAAAAACAUAAAAAAUAGCCUACAUCAAUGGGCAGAAAGGGACAAACAGACACCAGGAAAGACAGACUUAAAUGAAAGAAGUGAAACUUUGACUCCAUAAUGACCAGAGCCAAUAGGAAAAACCCUCCCUGUCUUGAGGAGGGGAAGGGGGUGGUGAGGAUUCAAACUAAGGCAGGCUUUACAGUGAGUCACUCAAAGACAGACUACAGAAGUCUCCACAGCACUAAAAUAUAUGGGCUUACUGUGACUGAAACCUGGAGCUUCUCUGUUAAGCCUGACAACAAAAAGACUUAACAGAGCAAGUUAGACUGAGAGAGGAAGUAAGAAACAUAUUUGCCCAGGAAGAUGGAAAACUGAGUGUUUCCAAGACUUUGCAUCUUCAGUAGUGGGGGAAAAAGAGAAGCAAGGACAAGCCUGAGGAUAUUACAGAUUAUGUUGCCAUGGAAACCAAAGCCUGGAAGUGGAUGCAAGGACCACUAAAGGUGGACAACUUCCUUUGACUGCAUCCUUGACACGUUACUGUCCUGCUGCAUACUGUGGCGAGAGAAUGCUGUGGAGAAUAACUAUCCCAGUGAUUCUGGCUGGGGUGCUGUGCAUCACCGCAGAGAGCAAAAAGCCCCGGCCCCAGGGAGCCAUCCCGUCCCCAUCCAAGACCAAAGGCAAUUUGUCCUCAGAACGUCAUCACCGGCUACCGCAACAGAAACCGGAGGUGCUAUCCUCCAGCAGAGAGGCCUUGGUGGUGACAGAACGCCGCUAUCUCCGCAGAGACUGGUGCAAGACCCAACCCCUCCGACAAACAAUUAGUGAGGAGGGCUGCCGCAGCCGCACUGUGGUCAAUCGUUUUUGCUAUGGGCAAUGCAACUCCUUCUACAUCCCUCGCCAUAUGGGCUCCAGCUCAGGUCAGGGUCAGAAUCGAGGACAAGCUUCAGGCUCUGGAAGGAAAAACCACAACAAGGCCCAGGAGCCGUUCCAGUCUUGCUCCUUCUGCAGGCCACAUCGCAUAACACAGCUCACAGUGCAGCUAGAGUGCCCAGACCUGCAGCCCCCCUUUAGACACCGCAAGGUGCAGAGGGUCAAACAGUGUCGUUGCAUGUCUGUGGAUGUGAGCGGCCAUGGGAAAUUGUGAAGGAGGACAUCUUUAAAAAUGGAAAAUGACAAGUAUUAUCAGAGGAAGAAAACCAGAAAUUUGCCAACCAAGGACCAGCUUCAAGUUGAACAAUUCUGCAGUGUUGACCAAAUAGACUGUCCAUUUUCUUUUAAGACUCAAUAUUGAUUUUACUAGAGACUAGCAGCCAUAUUGGCAAGCUUACACUGUUGAGUGAUUCAAGUGGUUGUGCAAGAGACAGCCAAUUUGUCAUUAAAAAAAGUUCAUAUUUACCUACAGUAGCUGUUUAACAGAAAGUUAAAGCCAUAAAACACAGACACUGGGAGAGACCAUGCUAAAAACACAAGAUCUUGGAAGAAAAUAACUGUCCAGUGACCCCUUAAAAAUGUUUCUGCAACACUGACAUGACUUUUCUGCAGGUGGAUCUACAGUAAUUACACAAUUUGCCAGCAAUAUUUUUACCUGAGUAUUUACAUUUUACAGUUUUUGAAAAAUUAUUCUGCAUCUUCCCUUUAUGUCCAAGUGAGUUGUCAAGUAAGGCAUUGUAAUAAACACGAGGCAGCACAGAAACAAACAGCAUUCACCUGCUUUUACACAAGUCUGGCACAAAUAUGCUAAUCAAGUAGGAAAAACAAUGCAGCAUGUGCAAUGGAGGUGCAAUGCAAUAUAUAUAUACACAGUAUAUAAUUUGUUUUGUAAGUAUGUAAAAAUAUAUUAAAUCUAUUUCAUAUAAAAGUAGAGUGCAUGUAGUUCUGAACCACUUAUUACAGUUGGACAUGACAAUCAGCACCAGCAGAAUUUCUAUUAUAAAGGUAUGUAAUUUCUUUUAUUCAAUAAAUAUAUUUUUUCAUGGCUCAGGAUAUUCAAUCAACACAAACUGGUGAUGAACAUAAACAUAUUACAAUAUUAUAUUGCUCAAUUGCAUAUCACAAGAGAAGCAAAAACUACCUAAAAUUUUGCUUAAAGCUAAGCAAGUCAAUUCUGCUGAUUAAAAUGAUAGGUCAGUGUCAGAUCACACCACUUAGGUAUACAGGGCCUUGCUGGAUGGG